ACCGGACGGCCCGUCGCGAAGCUGCUGGCCCCCCGCCCGCCCCCCGCCCGCCACCCGCACAUGCAGCCGGUGUGUCGCCAUCACCGCCAGUGAAGCGGGGAGCCAUCGCUGGUCGUUCGACUGCAGGUUAUCAACGAAGCAUUCACUGCGGAUGUUUGAUCGCGCGUGAUGCGCGAUAGAGAGAUAUAAAUAGAAAUAGCGAGAACCGAGUUCAACGUUCACUUAGGGUAUACGCAGUCAUUUACACUGGCGUGGCGACUGCGCGUCGGUGACCGGGAUCCGGUGCUUCCCAUUUCUCAUCGACCCGGUUUCGACGGCGAGGAGGAGGAGAAAGCAGCACUGAAGGCAGCUAUGGCGACGCGAAGAAGAAACAGACUGGGCUUGUGUGUCCUGUUGGCCAUUGCUGUUUUCGCGGCCAUCGCCAUCGUUUCCAUCGACGCGGGCACGAAGACGAAGACGAAGUCUCCUCCUUUGGACGAGAUCACGCACAAAGUGUACUUCGAUGUGACAAUUGGCGGGAAAGAUGCCGGAAGAAUCGUUUUCGGACUCUUUGGGAACACGGUGCCGAAGACAGUGGAAAACUUUCGUGCGCUUUGCACAGGAGAGAAGGGCGCGGGCAAGAAGUCGGGCAAGCCGCUCCACUACAAGGGCUCGCCUUUCCACCGCAUCAUUCCAGGGUUUAUGAUUCAGGGCGGGGAUAUUACGAUGGGCAACGGAAUGGGAGGCGAGUCCAUCUACGGAGAGAAGUUCGAGGACGAGAACUUCAAGCUGAAGCACACAGGAGCAGGCAUCCUGUCGAUGGCGAACGCCGGAAGAAACACCAACGGCUCUCAGUUCUUUAUCUGCACAGUCACAACCAGCUGGCUCGAUGGGCGACACAUGGUCUUCGGCAAGGUGCUCAGUGGCAUGGACGUGGUCUAUAAGAUGGAGUCGGAGGGAUCCCAGGAAGGCACGCCCAAGAGCAAGGUGUUCAUCUCCGACAGCGGUGAACUACCUCUUUGAGGUGUUGAUUCCCCGUGUUUCGGGGAGAGCUAACCUCCGACAUGAAUAUAGAAGACACACACACGGGUUCACGCGCACGUGCCAAAUGCCCCUAGGUCUGGGGGUUUUGGGGGUAGACCCACUCGAAAGGUGGUGUUCAUAGCUCGUGUGGGGGAUGGGGGUAGUGAGGGUUUUGGGGGUUUUGGGGGUUUUGAGGGGUUUGUUGGGGUUGAGGAUGAGCAGGUCGUGUGGGUGAUGAGGGGAGCGAGGGUUUGGGGGAUGAGGAUGAACAGUUAUGGUAAUAGAGUCGAGUUUGGCGACGGUGUGCGCUGAGAUUGCUUAUGCAGAAGGCGGUGUGCGCUGAGAUUGCUUAUGCAGAAGGCGGGGGGGGGUGUUGGCUUUUAUAUGUUGGGCUCUGCUUGUGCCUGAGCUUCGAAAUAUCAGAUCUUGUUGAGAUUUUUGCGGAUUAAAUAAAAAGAGCGGCUGUCU